AUGAUCUGCAAGGUCGAAAAGGCCGACAAGCCCGCGGCCUCGCCGAAGUCGGCGAAGAAAUCUCGUGGCCGACAACCGUCGACCGACGAAAGUCCCACGACUCCGGAGGGUGAGACGGGGAAGAACGAUGCGCUGCAGAACUGCACUCGCCGGAUGCGGCGGAUCAUGGAGGCCAUUCACAACUUGCGGCGGAGCGAAAAUGACGCUGACACCGCCGCCGUGGUCAAAUUACUCGACCACCUGGGGCGGGCGGGUCUUUCUACUUUCAGCGACGCUCUUUUGGUCCUCCGUGCAACCGCGCCCAUCAAGGCCCCCACCACAGCCGACGGCAAGUCGACCGGCAUCAAGGGUCUGGACAAGCAGCAGCACAAGAAGCUGACCGUUGCGUGGGGCGUCGUCUCGGCGGGCUAUGCGGAGCCUGAUUGGGGAAAGAAGAUCUUCGGCGACUUGUGGGAGGAGCAGGCCACGAAGGUCGGCUCGGAGGCCGAGGCGACCGCGGGAGUGACGGCGGAAGUUUCCGCCGCCGGGAAACGCAAGAGGGCGGGCUGA